AUGGUCCUCACGCUGAGGAAAAGGUACCUCACGCUGAGAACAGGAUUCCUCAUGCUUAGGACCAGUUUCCUCACGCUGAGGACAAGGUUCCUUACGCUGAGGACAAGGUCCCUCACGCUGAGAACAAGGUUCGUCACGCUAAGGAAAAGUUGCUCGCGCUGAGGACAAGGUUCCUCACGCUGAGGACAAGGUUCUUCACGCCGAGGACAAGGUUCUUCACGCUGAGGACGAGGUUCCUCACGCUGAGGGCAAGGUUCCGCAUGCUGAGAAGAAGGUUCCUGACGCUGAGAACAAGGUUUUUCACGCCGGGAACAAGGUUCCUCACGCUGAGGACAAGGUUCCUCACACUGAGGACAAGGUUACUCACGCUGAGGACAAGGUUCCUCACGCUGAGGACAAGGUUCCUGACGCUGAGGACAAGGUUUAUAACGCUGGGACAAGGCUUUUCACGCUGAGGACAAAGUCCCUCACGCUGAGGACAAGGUUCCUGACGCUGAGGACAAGGUUCCUGACGCUGAGGACAAGGUUCCUGACACUGAGGACAAGGUUUUCCCGCCGAGGACAAGGUUUUCCCGCCGAGGACAAUGUUCUUCACGCUGAGGACAAGGUUCUUCACGCUGAGGACAAGGUUCCUCGCGCUGAGGACGAGGUUCCUCACGCUGAGAACAAGGUGUCUCACGCUUAG